GUCGUGUACGGAACCAAAGGAUACCGAGAAAAUUCGACAUAUAAAAGGAAAAUAAACGUUUGCGCAUACAAACAUACAUACAUACAAACAAGAAAAAUAUAUACAUAUAUAUGUAUGUAGCUUAACGGUGUAGCAGCGCAGUGUGAAAAAGGAUAUCCAGCACAGAGUUCGGGUUGAGUGCAGCUGUGUCAGCUUAAAGUAAACCAGCUACGACUCGACAGCGGACAGUGGACGCGUCGGAUAUACUUACAUGCAUAUAUGUACAUAUGUACACCCAUUAGCACACUCAAGCUCGCAAGUAGUCAGACCAUUAUCCAACCGACGAAACGAAUCGAGUGAUUGAGCGAGCGCAAGCUGCAUAAGUGGACGACUGCUGAGCAACGAGCUCAGUGCAGCACAGCUGAGUGCUUUAUCUUCACUUGUGACAUUUUCUUAAAUCUCUAAAAAAAUGAGCCAGAAGAGCAGUGCACGCAUUAAAUCAAAACGCCGUAGCGGCGAGCCAUGGGUCUCCAACAAUCGCGUGCUCAACAGCGCUUCGACCACGAAGAAGGGCACUAAUCUCGGUCGCAAUCCGAACUUCGAUACAGAUGAGACUAAGCUGCUCAUACAGCUGUGGGGUGAUCCAAAAGUGCAGCGCACGCUCAUUAUAGCACACAAAAAGCAUGCUGUGCUCUGUGACUUGGCGUCUAAGAUGCAACAAUAUGGCUACUUUCGUUCGCCGGAGGAGAUCAGCACACGCAUUAAAAAUCUCAAAUGUUUCUACAAUCGCUUGAAGAAAGAGAUCGACGCGGGCAUUGCAUCGCCAGCUGAGCCGACUUGGAAGCACUAUGCCGAAAUGGAUGCGAUUAUGAAGCGACCGAUAUUUAGUGUGCGCCCCAAUGAAGUGCCACCACCAUCGCUCAAAUAUCAAUUGGAGAAAGCGCGUGAAGAACGCGAGGAGCGUAGACGCAAGAUAUUGGACGAAGGUGGCACAGUAUCCGAAAGCGACGACGGACUCGACGAGCUGGUGGCAUUGAGUAAUGGUAACUCCUCCAAAAAUGAGAUUGAUGAUGGCAUAAUACCCGAUGUCGAAGUGGACAUCAACGAUGAGGCUUUUGCGGCCAUUGCAAGUGCCGCUGAGAAAACAGUGAAGGCGCUUUCGGCUACCAAGCGGCGUAAAGUAUCGAAGGCCAGCGAAGGCAGCUUGGAGUUGGGUAGUGAAUUCGAAGAUGAGCGCGCGUCUGAAAGUCGCAGCAAUGGUGGCAAUGAUAUGGGCGAUAUGCUGAUUAAAGAGGAAGACGACAGCAUGGAUAGUGAUGAGUUUCCUUUGUGCAAUGGCAUUAAGCGAAAGUCGGCAGAUAGCGAACGUGGUAAAAUAGCACAAAAGCAACCGCCAGUUGAGGCGAACAAAACGGCAACAUUGGGUGGAAGUACUGCUAUCAAAGAAGAGCCCAUCGAUGUAGACGCCGAGGAUGAGAUCGAGUCCAUCGACCCACUGAAAUCACGAAUGCCCACACUCAUCGAUCGCUUGACCGCCAGCUCGUCAAGUAUUAUCAUACCCGUCUCGAGUCCCAUGACUAUUGUCUCCAGCGCAGCCAAUGCGUCUAAAGCAUCCACCACCACUACGACGUCAAGCGCGCCACAAGGAAAGAUUUCUUUGGUGCCAACAAAUUUUCUCAUGCAACCUAAGCCGCCCACGCCGACCGCAAUCGCGCCAGUAGUAACCCCAGCGCCAGCUCCAACGCCAUUGAUACCGUUGCAUCAGUCGCAAAUACAAUUGCUGCCCAAUGCUUUGAAUACCGCUGGUAGUUUGCCACCAGGACGCAUUUUGCUAAGCGGCGCCCCAGGUGUUACCGGCGCGCAGGGUACACCGACAAGCGCGGGCUUUGUGGCUACGGGUCCGGGCGGCAUGAAACUGCUGCUGGUGAACGCUGACCAAGCCGCUGCGCAGAUGGGCGCAAGCAACGCGGCUUUAAGCAAGCAACUGCUGCCGCAGCUGAACGCGGCGAUACUCCAACAGCAGCAGCAACAACAACAGAAGCAACAACAACAGCAGGCCCAGCAACAACAGCAGCUGCAACAGCAACAGCAGGAGCAACAAGCGCAGCAAGAGCAACUGCAGAAGGAACAACAGCAGCUGCAGCAGCAACAACAACAGUUAAAGGAAGCAGAAGAAGCCAAUGCACAGGCGGCCAUCAAGCGGCAGCAGAAACAACAAAAAGAUAAACAGCGACGUGAUGAACUACUAUCACGCAAGGAAGCCGCCAGCAUGCGCAUACUGCUGCGUCACAUUUAUAAUGCGCAAACGGAAAGCAAUGAAAUACAGCAGCAACGGCUGGCGCUCGAACGCGAUCGCUUCGAAUUCGAACGCACCGCCGUAGACCGCUUCUUUGCCGAGUUGCCAAAGUUAUUCACGCAACAGCAGCAGCAGCAACAACAGCAGGCGCAAGUGCUGCAACAGCAACAACAGCAAGUUGCCGCCGCUAUGCAGGCGCAUACGCAACAAAUGCGAUUGAAUCCGCCGAAGCUAGUCUUCACCACUGCAGCGGUGCCGGGUGGCGCCGCCAGUCUAGCCGGCGUAGCGGGUGGCACGACUAUCUUAACGCCAACUAAGCUGACGACGAAUGCGAUGCCCAAGUUGGCGCCGGCGCCUACGGCCGUCAUUGCACAAUCGCAAGUGCAAGCGUCUGCGGCCAUGUCGGUAGUGGCAAGCGAGGGGGCAGGGAGCGCGCAAGCAAUGGACGUGCAGUUGGUAACGCCAAAGGAGGAGGACGAGGACUGAGGAGGGGCAAGUGAUGUGAUUGAGUUUAGAGGCGAUAAAGCGGGCGGCUAGCGGUGUCUGCAAUAAUUGGGAGAAAUAAAGUUGGGAUAAUAUUUUUGGGUGAAAUUAGAAAGCACAGAAACAAAAAAUAAUGUGGGCAAUGUAUAGGGAAUAAAUUAAAAUUGACGAAAAUAAAAUAAAUAAAAAUGAUUCUCAGUAGUCUCAUGGCAAAAGCAUCCAUGCAAUGAUAUUAAAAAGGAAGCCUAUCAAUUUAAUUAGGGAUUCGCGCAUAAAAAGUAUUAAAUUAGAAAUACGGAAGCACAAAAAAACCUGUUUUUGAGGGAAAUUAACUUCCUGAAAAUAGAAAUAAAUUAAAUUUAACUAAAAUUAGAUAUUUAGUAGAUUCAGCGUUAAUACAUAUAUGUAUGUACAUGUAAAAUGAUAUUAACCAAAUUAGGCACCACUAAGUGGAAAAAAAGAAGUCGCGAAGUUUUUUCUUUUACUUAGUUACAUUCCUUUAGAGCGUCAAACCUAGAAAAUACACAGUAAAAUAUUUAAACGAAUGUACUCAAAUAAAAAAUGCUCAGUGAUUCUUUAAAAUUAUUUAUAUGUAUGUAUAGUAUAUUUGCACACAAUUUUUUUUUACAAUUGUAAUUUCAAUACAUUUUAAUUGCUUUUUGGUUUAAAAGUGAUGGGUGUUUGCUGUUGUUACUUUCUCAUUAGGAAGACACAACAAUGCUACUCACUACGGGCUAUUGAUGACAAAAUCGUAUUGGUAUUUUAUAAAAAUUGUAAAAAAGUACAUAUGCACGCAUGUAUGUAUAUGUAUGGGAUAAAUAAUUAAAACUAAUGUACGUCUUUGCAAACUCUUAUUUUUUUUUAAUAUGUGCGUAAAAUCGUAUGUAUAAUAAUUUAUCAUUCGUAAGAACUCAAAUUAUGUUAAUAGAAAACAACGGCAAAUAUUUUCGCUAACAAUUAAUGAGUUAUAAAUAUACGUAUUUUAUAAUAAAAUGUACACGUCUUUUGCUGCGUAACAAUUUGAAUAUUUGUGCAAUUCGUCUACAACUCAUUAAAAAACUAAAACUUACACGAUAUUUUAAGCAUACAAUUUUUAUAUAAUAUAUAGUUCAUAAACUAUUUUUAAUACCGUUUUUUUAUUGCUAUGUGGUGUUUUCAGUUAAAUUGCCUAAAUCAAUUAGUUUUAUAAAUUUUUUUCUUUAUCAACAUACAAAACGCAGUAAUAAAGAAACAUACAUACAUAUACUAUGUACAUACAUACAUAAGUAUAGCAUCUAUAUACUCAUACGUAAUACAAAUGAAAUUGCAAUUAGAAGACUUUCAAAGCUAAACAAAUGCACGAAACAGUAUUUUAACGAUUUUAGUUCUAAAAUUUUAACAAAAUAAAAUAAAUAAACAAUA